AUGAACGAGCAUCCAUCAGCACUUCCUAAAGCGCGUCGGGAACGGAGUCUUGUGUUCUUUGACGAUCGACCAGUAGCAAAGGAGUCGCUUCUCAGCGAGGCAGCAGUCCCUCCACCGGAAGAGACGCCUAUCCCUCUCCGGUUGAACACGACGCCGUACCCUCGAGAAAUACGGGAGCACUUUUACCGGGAGGCGUGCCUGGCGGCCAAGAUUGCGGUCAACGACGGGUUGCACCAACUAGAGAUCCGGUGCAUCAUCCCCGAGCUGAACCCCGAGAUGGACGUGUACCGAAUUGGCACCCUCCUGGAGCUCAUGCGCGAGCUCGCCUUCACCUUCGCUGACGACGCAAAGCGCGUUAAGGUGUGCGUCCAGGGCAGCAUGGGGGACGGCAUCUUUUCCGGCAUGCCCCUCGCGCUGGCCGGCACGCGGCGCAUCAUUGAAAGCAUGGACUGGGGGGAUGAGGAGGACAAGGCCAACUUCAUCCGCUUUGGAGCCGUCGGAGCAAAGGAAGUAACCGAUGAGGACGACCUCUUCAUCGUCAUGGCGCCCCAAAACGCGGUAGCGAACUGCAUUAUUCCGGAUUUGGAAGCGAUGCUGGAGGCUGCGGGAACACGGCCGCUGAUAAUCGUGAAUCCGCGACUGAAGGACGUGCCCAGCUCGGCGGGCGUGAUGCAGAUCCGCGGGCGCGAGGAGCGCGAGCGCUUCACCGCGUCGUUCUUCCGGUGCUACAACUUCCGGCUGCUCUACAAGGCCGCCACCAACUUCUACCCCAUCAUGGGCGCGCUCACGUAUGUGUACCCUGGCAAAUACGAAGUCUACCGGCGGAAGGACAUGGGCUUUGGCGAGGAGCGUUACGAUCUGUUGGGCGAAUUUGACGAGGAGCCCAUGAAGCAGGACCUGGGAGACGUCUUGUACGGGCGGCGAAAGGUCGGGGAACAGAAGCUCAAAACCAGGGGUUUGUUUGGAUAGAGCGAGGGUUGGUGGCUUUGCACGUGUUGGAACUAGCUGUCCUAUAUUGGAUUGGGGAACAAGGCUCCAGGCCCUUGAAGAGUGCAUGCGGCACUCAGUGCAACACCCAUUUUGAACCUGUACAUU